GUGAAUAAAAGAUGGCGGUGGGGUACUGGGUCCACCUCCCUGGGCCAUGCCAUCUCUCGCUGGCCCACACAUCAGGCUACAGACCCAAAAAAGGGCAUCCACCCCACGUGAGCAGUGGCGACCUGUGAGAUCCGUGGUCCGGCGUUGGUGGAACGCAGCUUGCUCUGUUCAUAAUUGCAGAUUGUCGCCCCCCCGUCACAAUCCUUGUAUUAGCCUCCCUUGCAAGGCUGGUGGGGGGAUUGGUGCCUUGCCAUUCAGAAGGCUGUUGAAGACCUGGGGGCGAGUGUGGACUGACUUUCACGUAGUUUGACCGCCUCCCUCCUGCCCCGCCAGCCCUCGCACACGCCUUCGACGCUGAACCCCGUCCUGCCGGCCUCGGAGCGGACAGUCGCCUGGGUCUCCAACAUGCCCCACCUUUCGGCAGACAUUGAGAGCUCCCACAUUGAGCGGGAAGAGUUCAAGCUUAAGGAGUACUCCAAAUCCAUGGACGAGAGUCGGCUGGACCGGGUGAAGGAGUACGAGGAGGAGAUCCACUCCCUGAAGGAGCGCCUGCACAUGUCCACCCGGAAGCUGGAGGAGUACGAGAGACGGCUGCUCACCCAGGAGGAGCAGACCAGCAAGAUCCUGCAGCAGUACCAGCAGCGCCUGGAGCAGAGUGAGAAGCGCCUCCGCCAGCAGCAGGUGGAGAAGGAUUCCCAGAUCAAGAGCAUCAUUGGCAGCUUGUCCCUGCAGGUUGAUGCUAGUGGAGGAGGAACUGCGCAGGGAUCACUCGGUCGCCCUCGACACCUCCGAAACGCGGAAGCGGCUGCUCGACGCUCAGCUGUUCACCAGGUAACUCUGUGUGGCCCCGCUUUUGUCACUUGAGGGACCGGGGGACCCUGCCAUCCAUGUGUAGCAGACCAGG